GGCUUUCAGUCGUUGGCCGCGCGCCAGAGCAACAAGUUAAGUUUCGCACCUGGCCAGGUGAUCGCGUUGUCCCGCAGUUUUCGUUUUCCCCCCAAGUGAGUGAACGAGCGUGCAAGGAAAAUCGUAAAGAUAAAUUAAACGCAUCCGACGAAAAUAACUAAUCAUCGUAAUUUCCGAAGAAAGAAAUUUUCAAGCAAAAUUCGAACGAGAAAAAAAAGUGGCAAAAAUGAACUUUUUUGUGAUUGGCUUUCUGAUCAUGCAGGCGGCAAGAUUGGCUUGCGGGACGUGUGUUUUAUCGUCCGAUUUCGGGUUCAUACUCGAUUGUAACUUCAAAAAGUCUGGACUGUUUCGUGUACGAAAUUUGGGUGGCCUAAAGGCCCAUUUCGGUUUAGGUUUCAGUCUGGGCGACGAGCUGGGCUUCCCGGAAUCGCUGGGCAACACGGAGCCUGACCGCCGGCGUGCCAUCAGCUACAAGAACGGAGCUCCUCCGGAUUUGGUGGGCGUACUUCCCUCUACUCAGCAGCAGGUCAAUCAACCAGUGCAACACCCUUUGCCCGACAAGCGUAUAAGUUCACGGUCCACCGGAGCAGCGCCCUUCAACCUGCAACAGGUGCAACAGCAGCAGCAACUGCAACUGCAGCAGCAGAAACUGCAACAGCAACUAAAACUAAAGCAACAAUUGUUGCUACUACAGCAGCAACAACAGCAGCAGCAGCAGCAGCAGCAACAGCAACAGCUCAUGACCGAGGCUCGUCCAUUGCCAUUGGGAGUUCCCGCCUUCCGACCCAUUCCCCAGAAGCAAGUGGCCGCCACUCAGGCCUCCGCUCCGGCUCCCACUACGGCGGAGCGACGGGUGGCCGUGGACACCCCGGAGCCACGGGUCAGUAUCAACAACAAGCUGAUAAGUGCCAUCGAUAAGCCGCACUCGAACCGUACCUUCCACGUGGCCAAUCCGGUGGUGUCGCAGCCCGUGGCAGUGCCCGUGUUCCAGGCGAUGCCCCAGUCCAUCGCCCGGAUCGCCAACGAGGGCAAGGAGCACCGGACGGUGGCCAGUCAUCCAAACUACCUGCAGUUCGAGGAGCCCAAGUUCGACCUGAAGGACGUGACCGUUGAGGAACUGGCUGCAGCUGCCAACGUCACAGUGGACACCAUUAAGCACGCCAUCUACGUCCGGGAACAGCAGCUGAAGGCCGAGCACCGGGCUCAGUUGGCGGCCAAACUGCGGGAGGAGUUCAUGCGCACCUCCACAGUGAGGACUACGACUACGACGACCACAACGACAACCAGUACGCCGCGUCCGCAGAAGUCGCUGGCCGAGCACAAGGUGUCCAAGGUCAUGAACGCACCCAAGGAAUACUAUCCCGUGGGCUACGACAAGAACUUCGACGACAACUUCAAAUCCAAAGUGGACCUGCCACCGACGAGUUUCUCCUGUGCAAAGCAAAAGCACUUUCCAGGUCUUUACGCCGACACCGAACUGGGAUGCAUGGUCUUCCAUGUGUGCGCCCUCACCGACGACGGCAUGGUGCGGAAGUCGUUCCUCUGCCCGGAGAACACCCUCUUCGACCAGACGAUCCUCAAGUGCAACUGGUGGUUCUACGUGGACUGCAGCUCCAGCACCAGCGUCUACGACUCGAACAUACCCAUCUCGAAGAGCUACCAGCUGAUGAAGUCGCUCACCUACUUCUCCAAGUUCGCCGGUGGCCAGCGGCAGGAGCAGGAUGGCGACAAGGACGAGAACGCUCUGGACAUCGACUCGCUGCGGGAGUCGAUGGAGGGCGUGGCCAGGCGGCAGGAGCAGGCCAAGCGGGCGACGCAGGUGGAGGAGCAGCAGCGCAGCCUGUCCAAGGAGGACCAUGAGCACGUGGUGCCCGCGGAGGGAGAGCAGCAGCUGUCCAACUAGGCUCCAUCUGGGGGCCCAACCCAACGUUAUCUGAGAUCUAGGUUAAGUGUUCACGAUCGAGCGUCUCUGGUCGGUUAGCCGUACGUAGUCAAGUCCCUUGCUCAUGUCAACGGGUUUCUAUAGUCUCAUCCCCAUCUUGACAGAGAAAAAAUGUCCCCGAAAUUGGUCACCGAUUCGGAUUUUAUUCAGAUGAAUUUAGCGCUAUUUGAUGCGCUUUGAAAUUAUGUUAAAGCAAUCAAAAUAAUUUUCUUCAUAUCAGUAGGCUAAAGUGUUCGCCUGAUAUGAUUAAGAUUAUUUUGACUACAAAAUUGUGGACACUAGGGAACUGAUAUUGUUAUGAUUUUUUCUCUGUUUAUGUAGAUGUAAUCUUUUCCUAGACCCUUAGGUGGAUAAUCUCUAGUUUAGUCCCAAUGCCAAGUGCAGUUUGGUUUGGGCGUUUAUUUUAUUACGUUCUACCCUAUUUAUUUAUUGUACAAUUAUUUCUCGACAAAUAAACAUACUUUGUUCCAAGGAA